CCAGCUGUGAGUAACGUCAGCUCUUCUCUCUGCGACAAUAUCUGCGUUUGAAUUUGUUCUACUAUCAAAAUGGUUAUAGUGACUCGUUUGUUGUGAAGUUGAAAGUUAAAUGUUUAAGGUCGAAGCUGCGCAUUUAUGUGUGUGGUGUAAGUUGGGAGGUAGCAAACAUAUGCUAACGUUAGCUUAGCCGUGGCCAAUCGACUGACAGCAACACUGUGUGUACCUGUGUCGUCAUUUAGCAAAUUGCUAACUCCCCGGCUUCCCUCAGGUGUUACGUCACCGGAAACGGUUUCCUAUGAUCGUUCCGGCUUCGGUCGACGCUAGCCUCUCUGAGCUAGCUAACCGCUAACGUCCAGCAUCAGCAGUCGUCCGGGCAAACAUGAACAUCCUCCCGAAGAAGAGCUGGCACGUGCGAAACAAGGACAACGUCGCGCGCGUGCGGAAGGACGAGGCCCAAGCUGCCGAGGAGGAGCGCGAGGCCCAGAAGCGCGUCGAGCGUGCGGAGCAGGAGGCACGAACAGAAUAUCUAAGAAGAAAGUCCCGAGCUGCUCUUCAGGCAGAAGGAUUACUGCCAGAUGAUGCUGUUGAGGAACCGAGUGGAGGAAGUGGAGUUCUGGAGCAUCUCAAUCUGUUUCCUCUGGAAGAUCCCUCAGACAAGAAAGGGAAUAAAGAUUACCUCAAAGAAAAGAAAGAUGAACAGGAGAAGCAGGAGCGUGCCAUCGGCUUGCUGGUGUCUCUCGGACCCCAGCCUGGGUCUGAGGUCACUCCAUGGUACCUGAAAACGGGCAAAGAAAAAGAAGAAAGGGGUAAAGAAAAAGAAGAAAGGAAAGAAACAGAAAAGAAAAAGGGACUAAGUGAGGAGGAGAAAGAGAAGAGGGAUCGUAGACUGAAGGAUAGUUUGGAUCCAUUGAAAGUUAUGAAAAAACUUAUGGCUGUAAAAGACAAAAAAGGACACAAGAGCAAGAAAAGGCUAAACCGAUACCUGGGGGAAAAGAAGAGCAGUGGAGAGAGCUCCAUAGAGCGAUUACGUGCUGAGCGUUUACAGAGGGAGGUUGAAGAAAGGAGACGAGCCCAGGCCCUGAUCGAUCAGAAGAGCGGCAAAGGAAAGGACAAGGAGGCUGCGAGGGAGCUGAAUGAGAGGGAAAGGCCGUACAACACCGCCUUCUUCCCAGAACUGGCCCGAAAGAGGCAAAGGCGGGAUCGAGACAGCUGGAGAGAGGAGAUAUUAAAAUCAUGAACUGUCCUUCCCCCAGUUAUUUGAGAGUUUGUUUCUAUGUGUAGAAACCAGAGGAAAAGAAGGUAACAUGGGAACUGGGUAAAGAGCCACAUUACAUACAUACCUGUAACCUGGUGAUGCUGAGGAUGAUGAGGCACCAGAUCGUCCAUUUUUAUUUAUUUAAAUUCUUGCAUCAAAGUCAGAAGUGCGGUUCAGCUGCAGCUACCUCUGCCCAUGCUGUGUUUUAUUAUGUCAGCAGGGCAGAUGGUUGCCUUCACAGGGGCUUGAAUCCAGACUGUCAACAAAGAAAACGCUCUGUUAACAUGGUUCAUAUUAUAAUUAUUAUUCAUUACUGUUAUGGUCAAUAUGAAACGUGAAAAAUAAGGUAUGUGGUGUAAGGUGAGCAUCCACAGCGCACACUGAGUGAGCAGAAGUCUGAGUCAAAUCAUCACCAUGUGAAUAGCAGAGCUGAGAUAGUCAUGUACAGAGUAAAUUAAUCUUCAAAUCUAAUGUCUUCAUUUUUUGGGAUCAAAAUGAUUUGUUUCAUAUUUAAAGAUUUGCUGCUUUUCUUUGUCAUAUAUGAUACAAACCUAAUCUUGUUGAGUUUGGUAAUUUUGGUUGAAUAAAACAAACAAUCUCA